UUUAAAUUCGCUCCUCCCUCACUACAUGCCGUUUUUCUUUAUUCGCGUUCUUUUUUUAAUUUCUUUUGUGCAUUGAGUUUCGUGUUCUGUUUUGUUCGUUACAUGCAAAAACGACGAUGAAGAACCCAAAACGCCACUCGCCGCCCGUUAAAUCUUUCCGGCGAGUGGACCUUGAUUCCGGCCAGAUGCUCGCCAGGUUGGAGAAUACUAACCGGAGAAGGCUCAAAAUCCGGCGAAUGAAGUACACUUGCCAGGCGAAGAUACGCGUCGGGAAUGGCGCCACCGGCGUUUCCCCGGAGGAGGCGAAAGUCGUCGAUUCGGAGGGAGAGAGAAGGGAGAUUCACAAGCAUGUGGAAAUAUCUCUUUCGCUGGCGUCGUCGUCAUCGGAGGAGGAGGACCGGUGGCCGUUGAAACGAAACGACGACGUUUUGUCGUACGGGUCGGUGUCGGUGAUAGGGAACAGGAAGGAGAUGGAGGACGCGGUGAGCGUGGAGAUAGGGUUUGUGACGAAGGAGAGAGAGAAGUGUGACUUCUUCGCAGUGUACGACGGUCACGGCGGAGCUCAGGUGGCGGAGGCGUGCCGGGAACGGUUACACCGGCUGGUGGCGGAGGAGGUCGAGAGGAGUGUGGAAUGGGACUGGGAGAGAGUGAUGGAAGGGUGUUUUCGAAAAAUGGAUAGUGAGGUGGCCGAUAAUGCGGCAGUCAGGACGGUGGGUUCCACGGCGGUUGUGGCCGUUGUAGCAGCGGUGGAUAUUGUCGUCGCCAAUUGCGGCGAUUGUAGAGCCGUGAUGGGAAGAGGAGGGGAAGCCGUGAACUUAUCUCGUGAUCAUAAGCCCGACAGGCCUGAUGAGUUGAUGCGAAUUGAAGAGGCUGGUGGAAGGGUCAUAAACUGGAAUGGCCAGCGCGUGUUUGGUGUUCUUGCCACUUCGCGAUCCAUAGGAGAUCAGUACCUUCGGCCAUAUGUAAUAUCGAAGCCAGAAGUGAUGGUGACCAAACGUAGCAAGCAGGAUGAGUUUCUGAUACUAGCAAGUGAUGGGUUGUGGGAUGUGAUCUCAAGCGAAGUUGCAUGCCAAGUUGUGAGGAAAUGCCUCAAGGGGCAGAUAAGGAGAGUGUGCAAUGGGAUUGGGAAUCAUCAAAGCCGUGCAGCUGAGGCUGCAAGACUCUUGGCUGAUAUAGCAUUGGCAAAGGGAAGCAGAGAUAACACCAGUGUCGUAGUAGUCGAGCUUAGAGGAACAGUAGCUACUGGUUGAUGCCUCCUUCUCUGCAAAACGAAAACAUGUAUUUUCUUUUCUUUUCUCCUCUCUUCCUUCUUUCUCCUUUUGGACUAAUCCUAUCCACACCAGGUUGUGCGCCCUUAAUGCCGGGUGAGAUUACAUGUUGGAUAAUAAUGAGUAAAUGCUUCACCACGUUAGCUCCUCCUCCUUUUAU